AGCUUAAGUAUGAAUCGUGUCUUACGGUGAGACAGUUUCACACAAAAAUUUGUAAUUGUUUGGUAAAAUAGCUUAUUAGGCAAUUUUAGCUUAUUUUGAUACAAUAGAUGAAUGUGUGGUCAGACCAUCUAAUGCUAAUAUUUAGUAAAUUAAAUUAUUAUUGUGGACAAAUUAUUUUUAAACAAGCUGCUCAAAGCACCAUAAAAUCAACUAUUAUAAACAGUUAUUAACUACCAGAUAUUAGCCGUUUGCAAAAAUCUUUUAUCUCAUUCUUCAUUUCUCGAAAUGAUAAACAAAAGUCUUGGUACCAAAAUCAAAAUUUAAAAAUUUAUUGCAAACCUAGAAAUUAGACAGAUGGCUACUUUAAUGAUUACACCAUAUUCCUCAUCUUCAAUCACAUGAUCAAUUUUAAAUUUCACUCAUAAAUUCACAAAAAAUUAAUAUCCAAAUUCCAAAACUAUGCACUUAACAAAUGUUACUAUCUCAGAAAAAUGGAAACUUUCCAUAAUUGGAAGCAUUUUUUUAUGUUUAAUUCUCUUCAUUUCCCUAAACCAAAACCCCAAAAUUCCAAAUUUCUCAUCUUCCACAAACAAUUUGCUACAUUUUACCCCAUUACACAACCCAGAAGCACCAAUGCCUAGCAUCGCCAUUGCUGAACCUCCAAAGAUCUCAUCUUCACUAAUCACUCUAAACCCACAAAAUUCAACAAAUAUAAUCAAACAAACUUUGCAUUAUACCCUUAAACCCAAUCAAAAUCAACCAAUUUCCACUCAAAUUAGGGUUAUAGAACACCCAAAUGUGACUUUGAAGAAGAUUUUUGGUGAAAAGAAAUGUGAUAUGUUUGAUGGGAAAUGGGUUUAUUACCCUAAAGAAAAACCAUUUUAUGAUUCAAUUAAAUGUCCAUUUAUUGAAGAGAAAAUGAGUUGUAGAAAUAAUGGAAGGCUUGAUUUGGAGUAUGAAAAGUGGAGAUGGGAACCUAAAGAUUGUAAUUUACCAUUGUUCAAUGGAAGAGACAUGCUAGAAAGAUUGAGGAACAAGAGAGUAAUAAUAGUUGGAGAUUCACUUAACAGAAACAUGUGGGAAUCUCUGGCUUGUUUGUUGUAUUCAUCUAUACACCCUUCUAGAGCUCAAGUUUAUGCUAAAUUUCGAGAUUAUAAGGUUCUCAAAGCAAAGGAUUAUAAUGCUAUAAUUGAAUUUCAUUGGAGCCCAUUUCUUGUUAAAUUUGAUGAAAAUCAUAAAAGUGGGAAGAAAGUGCUGGUUCUUGAUAAGCUUUCACCUAAUUCCAAGAAAUGGAGAGGUGCUGAUGUUAUGGUGUUCAAUUCAGGUCAUUGGUGGAUGCAUAGAGGAAAAUUCAAAGCGUGGGAUUUAUUCCAAUAUAAAGGACAACUAAUAGAAAAAAUGUCAAAAUGGCUAGCAUAUGAUAGAGGCAUGAAAACAUGGGCAAAUUGGAUCCAAUCAAAUGUAAACCCAAAGAAAACAAAAGUAUUCUUUAGAAGCAUUUCAACAAACCACAAUUACGAUCUAGGUAAGUUUUGGUGCUAUAACUCAACCCAUCCCAUCACAGAUGGAUCAUACCAAAAUCCAUUUCCUAAAAAUAUGGUCAAUAUUAUUGAGAGCUUGAUUAGUGGGACCCAAAUGAGCAAAUCAAAUAUCAAGUAUUUGAAUAUAACUGAGCUUUCUAAAUAUAGAAAUGAUGCACAUCCUUCUGUGUAUAGAAGCAGCAAAUGGAAGAUUUAUACUUCAAAAUAUAAGAGGUUAAUACCAUCAUAUGCUGAUUGUAGUCAUUGGUGUUUGCCUGGAUUGCCCGACACUUGGAAUAGAUUAUUGUAUGCUUUGCUAUUUUUCAAUUGAUUACUUAUUUUAAUUUGCCUUGUCUUAUUUGGAUUUUCUUUGCAAAAUGCCUUAUUUUGGGAGGAUUGUGAAAAUUUUAGGUGUGUAUACAAGAUUCACACAAGAGGAGAGUUAACUGCACACAAAUCCGAUGGAAUUCUAUCUUAAAAUCAUAUGGUAUUAGGAGUAGCCCAUCAAAUAUAUAUGUCAGUCAUUAUCUUUUUAAUUCUUCGAUUUAGGAUUACAUGUGGGUUAAGAUACGAAAUUAAAUAAAAGCAUGAAACGUACAAUACAAGUUAAGGGUCUUUGUGACUGUAACCUUCUUUGCUAUAAAUA